AUGAAUGUAACCCAAAAUAUAAAGUUACUUUUUCUUUUGUUCUUUUUACAUUGCGUAUCAUCAAAAGAUCAGACAACUGUAAAGGUAAAAAGUUAUUAUAAAGAAAAUGAAUCUUUACACACACAUAAGAAAAAGUCUGAAGAACUGAAUAAUAAUGAAUAUGGGAUUCUUCAUUCAGCUUAUAAAAGAAUUGUUGAAUAUGCUCAAAGGAAAUUAGAAGAUAUAUUUCAUGCAACUGGAGAAAAUAUAAAAAAAAAAGAGGAAGAGGAAGAAGAAAAGGAGGAUAAAAGUAAGGAUAUGUUAAAAAGUGAAAGGAUGGUGCUAUAUCAAAAUAAUGAUGGUGAACAGUUAGAGAAUUUAAUUGAUCCCAUAAAAAAUCUGGAAGAAAAAAAUAAUUUGGAGAAUUAUUAUGAUAAUAAAUAUGAUAAUAUUAAAUUUGAAGUAGGAAAUAAAUAUAAUCAUUUAAAAUAUAUGAACACAACAAAUUCUGAUAAUGAUAAAAGUUUUAAUAAUUAUUAUUUUUCAGUUAAUAAAUUUUUUGUUGGAGAUAAUAUAGAACAAGAUGAAAAUGCUUUCUUAAAUAAAUCAAUUAUAGGGAAUAAAGAUAUGGAAAUAUCCAAAAAAUAUUUUGAAAAAAAUAAAUUUAUUGAUACUUAUUCUUCGUAUGAAUGUGGAGAGAAGAUAAAGGAAAUGAAAUGGAUUUGUACAGAUAACCAAAUUAAAAGUAAUAAUUUAUGUGCCCCAAUAAGACGAAUACAAUUAUGUAUUGCGAAUAUUAUAUUAUUUAGUGAAUAUAAGGGUAAAGAUAUAUAUAAGAAUAAUACUAUAAAUAAUAAGUUUAAAGAAGACAUUUUGAAAGCUGUAAAAUUGGAAUCAAAUUUGUUAGUACAAAAACAUAAUAAUGAAUAUAAUUCGAAAUUAUGUGAUGAUAUAAGAUGGAGUUUUUUAGAUUAUGGAGAUAUUAUAAUUGGAAGAGAUCUUAUUUAUAAAAACAAUACGGAUUAUAUAAAAGAACAAUUUAAAAAAAUAUUUUAUAAUGAAAAUAAUAACGUAUUAAAUGAUGAAGAGAAUAUAAAGUUACGAAAAGAAUGGUGGGAAAAAUACAAGGAAGAUAUUUGGGAAGAAAUGACAAAAGAACAUAAUGAUAAAUUUAUUGAGAAAUGUAUAUAUUUUGCUAAGGAUGAAUUACAAAUUGUUCGAUGGAUAGAGGAGUGGAGUAAACAAUUUAUUGAUGAGAAAGAUUAUAUGUUAUUUAAUUUGAGAAAUACAUAUAAUGAAAUGAAUAUAAUACAUGAGAAUGAUUGUAAACAAUAUAAUAAAUGGAUGGAAAAUAGGAAAAAAGAAUGGACAUUUUUAUCAAAAGAAUUCAAUAAAAUAUUUCCAGACAAAAAUGUGCAAAUUUAUAUAUCAAAUAUAUUCAAGGAUUAUACAGAAA